AGAAACAGAGAAAGAGAGACAGAAAGACAGACAGACACACAGACAGACAGACACACAGACAGACAGACACACAGACAGACAGACACACAGACAGACAGACACACAGACAGACAGACAAGACAGACAGACACACAGACAGACAGACACACAGACAGACAGACACACAGACAGACAGACACACAGACAGACAGACACACAGACAGACAGACAGAAACCCUCCUGAGCGCAUUGUCCGGGUAGUUCUGCCACAGGCCGCCGACCCAGUGCGAUAUCGGCUUCAUCCUUCAUCAACAUGCCAGCUCCCGAGUCUCCAACCCGCAGCCGAGCACAAGGUGACUGGCACCAAGAUACACAGCACCUCCCUUCCUUCUAUUCACCUCGAACACGACCCCUCGAUCACCCAGACAGUCAAGUCACCAGCAAUCCUGACAGUACCGGGCCCGUCCGAAACCCCGACACUAACAUUAAUAUCGACCACCUCGCAAGCUUAUCCUCUGUACCAACGACGCUCCGUCACGACGAUGCCUCCUCCACAGUGCAACUACCACCUCCAUCCCUCCUCUCUCCCGCUUUCACUCCUCCCGCAACCCCCGGCAGUCUGACGCCAAAUCAGCAUGCAAAACAAGAUGCUACACCCCGCGGCGUACCCGUAGACAGCUCCAUCCCGAGCGGAGGCUGCGGUACCAAACGUCCGCGUCUCCUCGACAGCCUCCCCAACGUACAAUGCGUUGUGCGGGCCCGCAUCCCCACCGUCACAGGAACCGAGAUGUUUCUCCACCUGUACACCAACGACAUUGAUAACAAGGAGCACCUCGCCAUUGUCUUCGGCCCCCAUAUCCGAAGUCAAUCACUUGACGCCCCGCAACCGGGCGAGACUGAACUGGACAGGAUGAUCCGCGGGGCCUAUACCGGCCGGUUAUACCCGGGCCGUACGACCAGUGGUAUAUCGUCGGCACAGAAUGAUGAAGGCGAGAACAGCAGCAGCAGCAGCACGACCACCACCACCAGUGCGCCAGCGGAGGAGUCCCAAGCCCAGACCGAGCCACCCCUGGUACGCAUCCAUUCGGAAUGUUACACCGGCGAGACGGCGUGGUCGGCCCGGUGCGACUGCGGCGAGCAACUGGACGAGGCGGCACGGCUUAUGAGCUUGCCCGGGAACACCAGCGGCGGGAUUAUCAUCUACCUGCGCCAGGAAGGCCGGGGGAUCGGGCUCGGGGAGAAGCUCAAGGCGUAUAACCUGCAAGAUCUUGGCUCCGACACCGUUGAGGCCAACCUCCUUCUGCGGCACCCGGCCGAUGCGCGCAGUUACGGCCUAGCCACCGCCAUGCUGCUUGACCUGGGCCAGACGGAGGUGAGGCUGCUGACGAACAACCCCGACAAGAUCCGGGCUGUCGAGGGGCCCAACCGUGAGAUUCGGGUUACGGAGCGGGUGGCCAUGGUGCCGCUUUCGUGGAAGGGAAAGGGCGGGUUCCGGAGUCGGGAAGUUGAGGGUUAUCUCAAGACCAAGAUCGAGAAGAUGGGACAUAUGCUAGAUGCAGCCAUCAUGCCGCGGACUUGAGUAAAGCCAGCAAAUUUUAUCAGGGGCACCCGGGAUCAUCAAUGGAUGUUGCUAUAGUCGUAUCACAUGAAAUAUGCACUGGAGGGCACGGCAUUCGUAGGCGGCAAGACUGGUUACCGACAGAGGAAAUGCAUUUGAAAAAGGCGUCAAGGUAAACUCGGAUAUUCUGCUACAUUUCCAUGUGCAUACGCGAGGAUAUAUUUUAUAGUCUGCGCAAUCUGACAUUUUGUAUCUACCAAGCAUUUAGGUGCAUGGAUGCCGUCAAAAUACGAAUCCAUUCUCAACUGAGUCAUCGAGCAAUACAAAUUUAAUUUGUUUGGGGGGG